AUGGCUAUAGUGUUACGUUAUGUGAAGAAUGAGAGUAUCAUUGAACGUUUUAUUGGUAUGGUACAUGUUAGGGAUACAACUGCUCUCUCAUUUAAGGCAGCGAUUGAUAAUGUAUUUUCUACACAUGGAUUGAGCAUUUCUAGACUGCGUGGGCAAGGUUAUGAUGGGGCUAUCAAUAUGCAAGGUGAGUUCAACGGUCUCAAAACGCUUAUUUUGAAAGAGAACGAAUUUGCUUUUUUUGGUCAUUGCUUUGUUCACCAACUUCAGUUGGCUCUUGUUGCUGUGGCAAAGAAUCAUAACCAAAUUUCCACUUUUUUCUUAUUUGUUACUAAUGUGGUGAAUGUAGUUGGAGCAUCUUGUAAACGCCGUGAUAUGCUUCGAGAGAAACAAAUUGUUAAAGUUAUUGAAGGACUUAACAAUGGCAAGCUUUCAAGUGGGCAAGGCCUAAAUCAGAGCACUUCUCUUAUACGACCAGGAGACACUCGUUGGGGGUCACAUUAUGUGUUGGAAAUGACAAAUAAAUUAUCAAAAGCACUACAAAGGAAAGAUCAAGAUAUCGUGAAUGCUAUGUCUUUAGUCAAAGUAUGUAAGCAGCGACUACAAAUGACGAGGGAGGAUGGAUGGGAUUCUUUACUCGAAGAAGGUUCUUCAUUUUGUGAGAGACAUGGGAUUGAUGUUCCCAAUAUGGAUGAUAAGUUCUUUGCUCAAGGACGUCGACGACGUAAUAUGGAAGAAAUGACAAACUUGCAUUACUAUCGUGUUGAGUUGUUUUAUUCAGUGAUAGAUAUGCAACUUCAAGAGCUAAAUAGUCGUUUUAGUGAGGCUAGUUCUGAGUUACUUCUUUGUAUGUCAUGUUUAUGUCCAGAUGAUUCAUUCCUUGCUUUUGACAAACAAAAGAUAAUUCGUUUUGCUGAAUAUUAUCCAAAAGAAUUUUCUACAGUCAAGCUUAGAGAACUUGAUAGUCAACUUACAAAUUAUAUUAUUAAUGUGUGCUCUACUAGUAGCUUUGAAGGAUUGAAAGGGAUUUUUACUCUUGCAAAAAAAAUGGUGGAGGCAAAAAAGGACAAGGUGUAUCUGUUGGUGUAUUUACUUGUGACAUUGGCGUUGAUCUUACUAGUUGCAACUGCCACGGUGGAAAGAACAUUUUCUGUUAUGAAUAUUGUAAAGAAUGAAUUGUGUAAUCGAAUGGGAGAUCAAUUUAUGAAUGAUAGCUUGGUUGUAUAUGUAGAAAGAGAGAUAUUUAGGAGCAUAGAUAAUGAAGCUAUCAUACAGCGCGUUCAAAAAAUGAAAUCCCGUGGAGGACAAAUGAUUCACAAAGUGCUUGGACUGGAGAUGGAGUAUGAUUGCUUUCCGAUGGCUCAAAAUUCAACCGUUAUUUCAGCAUGCAUAGAGGGGAAAAAACCUUCCUCGAGGUUCAGCCUUCUCGGCCCCAAGAAGCUUUAUCCUGGCUCUAUGCCUCGAGGUUCCCACCGUAAAAAGAGAGGCUCAAGUCGAAGGCUGAAAGAAAUGCUCGAGAUUCCCCCUACAGGAAGGAACCUCGGAAAGGAAAUGAGGAGGGGCCCAUCUGACUGGAGAGGGGCACGUCCACAGGAGAGGAAGGGUAGCGACCCCUUCCUCGGUCAGUAA